AUGCACUCCAACGCCACUUACACGGGUACUGUCUUCAGCGUUAUCCAUCGCUUGCAUGACAGUUACGUCAAGGCCAACCUCGUCUGGCUCAGCAUCGGCUUGAUUGUAACUCUUCUCCUUGUGAUCAACGUUGCCAUUCUGGUGUCUCUGGUUAACGUCUUCAACGGAGUCAUGGACCUCGAAAAGCAACCUGCCGUUGAGGAUAUGGAGGCACAGGGCAACGAGGACGUUGCAGCGAGCACCAAGGAGCUUGAAAUUGACGAUUUUUUGAAGCAAGGUAUGGAAUGCCACUUCAAGACUGAGUUCCCUGUCUCGUUCUCUCGGGGUCUGACGAUAUGUCUGACAGUGCACGCGGCGGUUCCUGACCGUUGUGCAGAACAACCUUUUUCGUGGGUUGAGAUUACCUGGACCUUGUCACCUGAGGAAAGAAGGGAUGCAGUGAUCCGCGAAGCACGGGGCUGGAGCAGGUCGCUCAAUAUAUAG